AUGGACUUCUCGGACGUCGGCAUCCGCCACACGAUUCUCAACAGUAUCCAGCUGCACCACUUUUUCGACGUCUCUCCCUCUGCGGCAGCCGUUGCGAAAGAAGCUCGUCUGUGCGUGAUUGCCAUUGUGGUUGGGUGGAUUACGACUCGCAUCAUUGCCAGCCUGAUUUCGCCCAACCGAGACUCAGUUCCGGGAUGGAACGUCCGCGGGGAAGGCCAUGAUCCGUCUUUUCUCUCUGAUAAACUCAUCCUGACCCCUCCCUACCCAGGUAACACUCGGGGAUCGGCCUGGGCACAUGAACCUAUCACCCAACAAGAAUGGACCGCAGAAUUCCAAUUCCGUGCCAGUGGCCCCGAACGAGCAGGCGGCAUCCUUCAAUUGUGGUAUACCAAGGACGGGGAGUACCGUGUCGGCACUUCGAGCAUAUAUACUGUUGGACAGUUUGAUGGUUUUGCGCUUGUGAUUGAUACCCACGGAGGACGAGGCGGAAGCGUUCGCGGAUUCCUCAAUGACGGAACCACAAACUAUAAGAGCCACCCCAGCGUUGAUAGCCUGGCUUUCGGACAUUGCGACUAUUCUUAUCGUAACUUGGGCCGCCCCUCGGUGGUGAAGCUGAAGCACACCAACUCUCUUUUGGAGGUGACCGUUGAUGACAAGAUCUGUUUCUCAACCAACAAGGUUGCCCUUCCCGCCGGCAACACCUUUGGUAUCACUGCUGCCACUCCGGAGAACCCAGACUCCUUUGAGGUGUUCAAAUUCGUGCUGGAAUCUGCUGCUGGCCAAGGUCAGACCAUCCCCUCGAACCAGGGUAGUACCCCACAGCAGCAGCAGCAAGAGCAGCAACCGAUUGUGAACCAGGACCAGAAGCCCCCAGCGGUUCGCGACAGCGGCAGCGCUAUCUUUGAUGCUGGCAUCACUGCCCAGUUUGUCGAUCUCGGUGGUCGGAUUCAGCUCCAAAACAAAGCCAUCAACACUAUCCUCCAAGAUGUUCGCGGCCUGGCUGGCAAGAGCGAAGCCAAUCACCAAGAGCUCCUCCAAAAAGCUGCCACCAAGGAUCAAGUGACAUCUCUCGAUGCCCGCCUUCAGAACAUUGAACGCCUGCUCCAGAGCAUCCAGCGCGACUUGGAGGGCAAGGACUACAGCAGCCGCUUCAACCAACUCCAUGAUACUCUGCGCUCGUCGCACCUUAGCCUGACCGAGAACAUUCAGGGCCACCUACUGAGCGGCAAGUAUUUCUUCCUGCGCCAAUUCUACAAACUUCCAACUAAUAUGUUCUUGUCUUCCUAG